AUGGCGGCCGGAAGGUUAUGGUUGUCUGCUCGCUGCUUUUUGGCGGCUGCGGCUGCUCGAGGGCUCCCGGCUGUCCGAGCUGGCUGGGAAUCCAGCUCCUCCAGGGCUGUGCUCGCUCCGUCUGCUGUGACGGGAAGGCGGCCUCCACCACCUGCCAUCCACUGGCAGGAAGACCCAGAUCCCGAGGACGAAAAGCUCUAUGAGAAGAACCCAGACUCCCAUGGAUACAACAGGGACCCUGUUGUGGACCUCUGGAACAUGCGCGCUGUCUCUUUCUUUGGCUUCUCCAUUGUCCUGGUCUUUGGCACCACCUUUCUGAUUUAUCUGCCUGACUACAGGAUGCAGGAAUGGGCCCGUCGGGAAGCUGAAAGGCUGGUAAAACACCGAGAGGCCAAGCGGCUCCCUCUCAUGGAAUCCACCUGCUUUGAUCCCAGCAAGAUCCAGCUGCCAGAGGAUGAGAACUGA